AAAAGCAAUCAAAAGUUAAAUUUUCAUUUUCUUCGCAUGAGCAUCAAUGGUUCUCUUUUACGUAUAAGAUUAACAAAAGCAACACUCAAUAUGGCUUCCAAUUACCAAUUAAUGAACAUCUUUCCCCACUCUUGGACGGAGGAGGACAAGCUCUCGUUUCCGACAAUAAGUAAACCCAUUUCGCAUGGCGGAUUUAGUUUGUCCCCUAAUGGACAAUUUGAAAGAAACUCGCAUAGAAUGCACUACAUUGUGGUGCCGCCGAUCCAACAUUUCCCGCUUUCCCUGCGGGAUAAUGAUACUACCAGGAAUCAACAUAAGAUGCCAGAGCUUCUGUUAGACAACAUGUUGCAAUUCAUCGAGUCUUCGCGGUUCUCCUUCCUCAAAGCGAUGAACAUGCGUGUAGUGGUCGAUGCCCACGUUGUCUGCACCAGCGAGGUUCUGGAACUGAUUAUGUGUGCCCCGUACGAGCACAAGUCGGGAUGGUCACUGGGAGUGACCCGCUACCGCAACACCAUGUACAUCUGCCGUAUGGAUAGCGUACAGCCCAACGCGUUCGAUCAAGACCAUCUCAAGCAGGUCAUGGAGGAAUCCUGGCUUAUGACACUACGCAAGCACUGCUUAAAAGAAAGCGGAACAGGGGCAUUAAAUAACAAGCGAUCUUUAGGAGGUCGCUUUCAUGGUGUUUUUUCCUUUGACUUGAAUGGCAAUCGAAUUCUUUUCGAUUCACCUGUAUUAGCUGAACCAAAUCCGAAUGAAGGUGGGUCGAACCCUAACUGGGCGGAGUUGCAGAUGCGCCUGGUGCACAUGAGCCGUCAGGAUUGGGCGAUCCACAAUCGAACUGAGGCACUCAAAUGGUGGGUCAAGUGCUUUCUGCUGGGCAUCGAAAGCCUUUACAUAGCCCAUCGCGAUGAACACGCUUUCGUGCACAAUAUCCAAAAGACUUCUGCGCGAGACUUGUGGAAGAGUUGCGACCAAUUUUGGUCAACCCAUGUGUGCGCCAACUUCUUACUGCGUUUUCUGGCCUACAUAUCCCAAGUCAUGGCACCCAUCGACUGUCCAAGCACCGUCUACCUUUUUGAAUUCGACGCUAAGCAGGGUAUAUUAGCCUACAAGCCCUACCCUGGCCGCAACCAGUUCACAUUUGUGGCUGACUGGUACCGCAUGAUGCUGGACGAACACGCGGAAGACAUAUGCACACCGGUUCAAAGAUGAAUCACAAAACAAUGGAAGAAGACUUUCGAAUUUUGAUGGACAAGUUCCGCAAAGUAAAAUACUUUCGGAUAAAAGUUGAACCAUUAAAAGUAAACUCUCUCUGUUAAAAAGACAUUUGUAGAUUUAAGGUGUAAUAGUUGCUCACUAAGCUAGACAAACGAAAUCAAAGUAAUAUCUUUAAGAAAUAAGAACACCAUCAAAAGAAAGGUGACAACCUGGUUAACUAAUUAAAUGAAGAAUUAAGUUUAUUGCGACAUAAUCA